AUGUAUAUCAUUGCUGAACGACAUUAUCGUAAGUACCGAUUGAAAUCAAAAUCUAUCUACGAUGCUUUUUCAAGAGUUGGAAACUUUCAACGCACGGUGUAUGUGAGUGAUGUAAGAUGUAUAAAUGAGCUUCGGAUGGAUAGGUACACAUUUAACAAGUUGUGCUCCAUGAUACGCACAUCUGGUAGACUGCGAGAUACAAGAAAUGUUUCUGUUGAUGAAAUGGUAGCUAUGUUCUUGAACAUACUUGCACACCAUAAAAAGAACAGAGUCAUACAAGACAAGUUUUUACGUUCAGGGGAAACUAUUAGCAGAUACUUCAAUGCAGUUUUAAAGGCAAUAUUAUGUCUACAAGGACAGUUAUUGAAAACACCAGAACCAGUGGCUGAGAACUCAACUGAUGAGAGGUGGAAGUUUUUUAAGAAUUGCCUUGGAGCAUUAGAUGGGACAUACAUUAGAGUACAUGUACCAGAAGUUGACAAGCCUAGGUAUCGAUCUAGGAAGAAUGAAAUUGCUACAAAUGUUUUGGGAGUAUGCUCUCAAGAUAUGCAAUUCAUUUAUGUGUUACCGGGUUGGGAGGGUUCUGCUGCAGAUUCGCGAGUCCUUCGUGAUGCCAUUAGUCGGAGACAUGGUUUGAGAGUUCCUCAUGGACAUUAUUAUCUUGUUGAUGCUGGAUAUCCAAAUGGGGAAGGAUUUCUUGCCCCAUAUAGAGGGCAGCGAUAUCAUUUGAAUGAUUGGAGAGAAGGACACCAACCUACCUCUGCUGAAGAAUAUUUUAAUAUGAAGCACUCAUCUGCUAGGAAUGUGAUAGAGAGGUGUUUUGGGUUACUCAAGUUACGUUGGGCAAUUCUAAGAAGCCCUUCAUUUUUUUCUGUGAAGACACAAUGUCGAAUUAUUACUGCAUGCUGCCUACUUCACAACCUUAUAAGAAGAGAAAUGGCUGUUGAUCCAUUAGAAAAUCAGUUGCCAAAUCAAUUUGAAGAUGACAAUCAUGAUGAAGAUGAUAUUAUCAGUAGUAUUGACUCAUCUGAACAAUGGAAUAAUUGGAGGAAAGAUUUAGCAACAGCUAUGUUCAACGAAUGGAGAGCAAGUAGGAAUUGA